UGUCAUAAAAGAGGAGCCACCGGACCCAGGGCUAAGCAGUCUCCCGCCCGGACCCUCAAGUUUGCUUAGAGGUCCGGCUCUCCCCAGGUCCUGCCGCUGCUGAGACGCCCAGGUUUGAAACAUGAAUUUGUAUGCAUGUUUAGCUUGCCUGUGCUUGGGGAUAGUAGCUGCUACUCCACAAUUUGACCGGACUUUAGAUGAUAAAUGGUACAAAUGGAAGUCACAACAUAGAAGGACCUAUGGAGCGAAUGAAGAUAAUUGGAGGAGAGCAACAUGGGAGAAGAAUUUGAGAAUGAUUGAAAUGCACAAUCAACAGUACAGUGCUGGCAAGCAUAGUUUCCAGUUAGAAAUGAACAAGUUUGGUGAUAUGACCAAUGAUGAAUUCAGGCAAGUGAUGAAUGGCUUUAGACAAAAUAGAUUUCAAAGGAAGAACAAAGGAACUCUGUUUCAUGAACCUCUCCUUAUGCAGACCCCUAAAUCUGUAGACUGGAGAGAAAAAGGCUAUGUAACUCCUGUUAAGAAUCAGGGUCAGUGUGGUUCUUGCUGGGCAUUUAGUGCAACUGGUUCCUUGGAAGGCCAGUGGUUCCAAAAAACAGGCAAACUUGUUUCACUUAGUGAACAGAAUUUGGUUGACUGCUCUAGGAAUGAUGGCAACGAAGGCUGUAAUGGUGGUUUAAUGGAUAAUGCCUUUGAAUAUGUGAAGAAAAAUGAAGGCAUUGAUACAGAGGAAUCAUAUCCCUAUGAGGGAAAGGAUAGUGACUGUCGGUAUCGGGCAGAAUGCUCUGGUGCUAAUGUCACUGGAUAUGUGGAUAUCCCAUCUGGUCAGGAAAGGGCUCUUGCAAAAGCUGUGGCUACUGUGGGUCCCAUAUCUGUUGCUGUUGAUGCAGGACAUGCAUCUUUCCAGUUCUAUCGGUCUGGUAUUUAUUAUGAACCAGAAUGCAGUAGUGAACAGCUAGAUCAUGGCGUGCUGGUUGUGGGCUAUGGUGUUGAAGCAAAGAAUGGAAAGAAAUACUGGAUUGUCAAGAACAGCUGGGGUGAAGAGUGGGGCGACCAGGGAUAUGUUUUAAUGACCAGGGACCAGAGUAACCACUGUGGAAUAGCAACAGCUGCCAGCUAUCCUAAAGUAUGAUGUCAUUGACUGAGGAUCGCUUCACAGAGAUGGGAUCUGACUUGUGUCAUUUGGGAUCAAACACUUGAAUCACCCAGGAUCCAAGUUGUAAUUUGAGUUUCUUUUGACAUUUUUACAUUUGUGAAAUGUAAACACUACUUUGUUAUAAAUAGCUUGUAAUAUUGCUUAAUUCAAAGAAUUCACAUUUUAAAAUUGUAUGUAUAAAGCUUUACCUUUUUAAAUAAACCUUGAUUCGAUAUAUA